AUGUUGAGAGGACUACGGAAUCUUCUAUUUAUCGGAGUUUUAAUAGGUGUCUAUUAUAAUCUUGCUUUUUCAUAUCUUGAUAGGACUAUAGAUAAUUAUUCAUCAUAUUUACAACAAUUCAACCAUGAAAUCACCGAUACCAUCUACAACCCUCUUAAAAGAGGACUACCAAAGCUUCCAAGUAAUACAUACUUAGAUCCAGAGUUUGCUAAAAACAAUCAACGUCAACAAAUUGGUAAAGAAAAUGCUACUUUAGUAAUGUUAGUUCGAAAUAUGGAACUUGAAGGGGCAUUGAAAUCAAUGAGAUCUUUAGAGGAUAGAUUUAAUCGAGAGUAUAAAUAUCCAUGGGUAUUCUUGAAUGAUGUUCCUUUUGAUGAAGAUUUCAUAAUGAAAACGAGUUUAAUGGCAAGUGGGAAGACAUAUUAUGAAUUGAUUCCUGAACUGGAUUGGCAACCUCCUAGUUUCAUCAAUGAAACUAAACUACAAGAGAAUUUGGAUAAAUCGAGAACUAAGGUGAUAUAUGGAGGUUAUAGAUCGUAUAGAAACAUGUGUCACUUCAAUUCAGGAUUCUUUUAUAAACAGAAACGAUUGUUGAAUUAUGAAUGGUAUUUCCGGGUAGAGCCAGAUGUUGAAUACAUGUGUGAUUUCCAAUAUGAUCCAUUUGAAUUAUUAAGAAUAAAUAACAAGAUCUAUGGAUUCAUUGUCACUUUUCAUGAGUAUGAAAAUACUAUACCUACACUUUGGCAAACCGUCGAAGGGUUCAUGAAAGAACAUCCUGAUCUAUUACAUCCCAACAAUGCAUUGAAAUUCAUAACUACAAAUGAAACCUCGCUUAACCAUUUCGUCGAUCUUGUCCCAUCUUCAACAGAUUAUAAUCUAUGUCAUUUCUGGUCGAAUUUCGAAAUUGGCAAUUUGAAUUUCUUUCGUAGUGAGGCAUAUGCCAAAUAUUUUGAUUAUUUAGAUAAAGCAGGUGGAUUUUAUUAUGAACGUUGGGGUGAUGCUCCAGUACAUUCGAUAGCGUUGGCUUUAUUGGCUGAUAAAGACCAAAUCCAUCAUUUUGAAGAUAUUGGAUAUUUCCAUGCCCCGUAUUUAUCAUGUCCUAGUUCGGAAAUGAUUAGAGCUUCAAAGAGAUGUAUAUGUGAGCCAAGGGUAGAGAAAAAGAUUAAUAAGACCAUUGAUGUGAAUGUAUAUAGUUGUUUGGCAAGAUGGUGGAAGUAUGGGUCUGGGAAAACGUUCCUUAAUGAUGUAGACUAUACUAGAUGA